CGCGGCGCGGGCGGCAGGUGGACAUGCUGACCUAGGGGCUGACCCCCGGCCCCGUGCCCAGCUGCUGUGUCACAGAAGCACAGAGUAUUCUGAGCUGAAAGGGACCCACGAGGAUCAUCAAAGUCCAACUCCUGUGUCCCUGGACAGCAUCCACCCCGACAAUGGACGCGGCCCCGGAGGCGAAGAGGAAUAGUUUCCCCAGCAUGAACUUUGAAGCAGAGAUUCUGACAACUCCACACGAUAAUUCAGAGCUGUAUACGACGAUCCCUUCCAUGAGAAGCCUCACAGCUGAGGAGUAUGUGGAGGCCUUUAAGACAUUUUUGGAUCAUUCAACAGAGCACCAGUGCAUGGACGAGUUCAACAAGGAACAACUGCCCAACAUCAUGUCUGGUCUUGGCCAUGGAAAAUCGACUAUAAAUGUUCUGGGAGUUGGAAGUGGCACAGGUGAGCAGGAUUUGAAAAUGAUCAGGAUACUGCAGGCUGUGCACCCAGGGGUCCUUAUUGACAACGAAAUCGUAGAGCCCAACCCGCAGCACGUGGCAGCUUACAAAGAGUUGGUGAAUCAAGCUCCAGACCUGCAGAAUGUCUCUUUUAUUUGGCACCAGCUCACUUCCUCAGAGUACGAACAGCAGGUGAAAGAGAAAGGCACGCAUAAGAAAUUUGACUUCAUCCAUAUGAUCCAGAUGCUGUACCGUGUGGAGGAUAUUCCCAAUACUAUCAAGUUUUUCCACAGCUGCCUCGACCUUCAUGGUAAACUCCUGAUCAUAAUUUUAUCGGACAGCAGCGGGUGGGCCAGCUUAUGGAAGAAAUACAGGGACUGCCUGCCUUCCACCGACAGCGGCCACUACAUCACCUCCAGCGGCAUCACGGAUGUCCUGAAGAGACUCGGAGUCGAAUACCGCGUGUACGAGUUCCCGUCGGGAUGGGAUAUCACCGAGUGCUUCGUCGAGGGGGACGCAGUUGGCGGCCUCAUGAUGGAUUUCCUGACGGGGACGAAAGACUUCCUGGGCACGGCGCCGCCGGCGCUGCGGCAGCGGCUGCGGGAGGCUCUGUGCCAGCCCGAGUGCAGCAGCACCAAGGACGGCAGGAUCAUCUUCAGCAACAACCUGAGCAUGAUCGUGGUGGAGUCCUAAAGCCGGACUGACUGCAGAGGGCAAGCUGGGGUGGGGAUGAGGAUGAUGCAGUGACAGGAAAGUGUAGCAUAGAAAGAAGGUGACUCACAGCAAGAAGGCAAGAAAGUGGGGCUCAGCUGCAGCCUACCACUGCCAGCCAGUGUCAGCAGAGCUGCCCGCCACACUGGGACGAGCUCCUUGUCCUGAUGAGGUCACCAGGUCCAAGAUUACACCCUGGCUACUUAGUCCAUCCCUAGGAGAAUAUUUUCCAGAAAGUAAAGAGCUCCAUCUCA